AUUUGAGGUACGAGCACUUGAUAAACUCCCACCACCGGGUCGCAGGGGUCUUUCUUCUUGUAUACUAACCUCCAGGUCUCUAUCUAGAAAGUCGCCAUGGGUCGCGUGAUCCGCAACCAGAGGAAGGGUCGUGGAUCCAUUUUCACGGCCAACACCCGUCUCAACAAGACCCCUGCUCAGUUCCGUGUCCUUGACUUUGCUGAGCGUCAUGGAUACACCCGGGGUGUUGUGAAGGAGAUCAUCCACGACCCCGGCCGUGGUGCUCCUCUCGCUAAGGUCCAGUUCCGUCACCCUUACAAGUUCAAGCACGUUACCGAGACCUUCAUCGCCAACGAGGGCAUGUACACUGGCCAGUUCAUCUACGCCGGAAAGAACGCCGCCCUGACCGUCGGCAACGUCCUCCCUCUUUCCUCCGUUCCUGAGGGUACCGUCGUCACCAACGUCGAGGAGAAGUCUGGUGACCGUGGUGCUCUUGGUCGUACCUCUGGUAACUACGUUACCGUCAUUGGCCACAACCCUGAGGAUGGCAAGACCAGAAUCAAGCUUCCUAGCGGUGCCAAGAAGGUUGUGAAGAGCACCUCUCGUGGUAUGGUCGGUAUCGUUGCAGGUGGUGGUCGUACCGACAAGCCUUUGCUCAAGGCUUCUCGUGCCAAGCACAAGUUCGCUGUCAAGCGCAACUCCUGGCCCAAGACUCGUGGUGUUGCCAUGAACCCCGUUGAUCACCCUCACGGUGGUGGUAACCACCAGCACAUUGGUAAGGCUUCUACCAUCUCCCGCUACGCCGCCCAGGGUCAAAAAGCCGGUCUUAUCGCUGCCCGGAGAACCGGUCUGCUCCGUGGUACCCAGAAGACCAAGGAGUAAGGGUAUUAUGGUGUGGAGUUUUUUUGUUUGUGACGGGUUCAAAAUGCUCUUUUGCUAUGAGGCACAUGUACUUAGGCGACUGCGGAUAACCUACCACGCGUCCUUAGCGAAAUAUGGUUGUGGCCAACAAUUUCAUUGAUGAUUAAAACAAAAAGAGGGGGCCAGAAAUCGAGUCUCUACGUGCAUCUCAUAGCAUUUGCCAAAAAACGUUAAGACCGAAAAAUGAAGAAUAUUUCCUUGUUUGUUCAUGGCGGAAUAAUUCUUACACUUUGUCCAGUCCUUGUAGGUUUCAUGUUCCCCCUGCCUGGUGCUCCACUUAGUUGUAAAAAUCCAUGAUCCACUUGCUGCCCGUCUACUGUGUAGUUUAUGUGGAUUCAUAAGUGCUGUGUCCGAAUUCCAAUUAGAUGCGUUCAUGGUGUGGUCUUAGCACUGCCAUAACAGAGUAGUUGGCACGCCGUGGCCAUGAUCUACUUAUAUAGGGUAAUAGCAAAGCAAGUCGUGAGGUCUCUGUAUCCCCGGUGGUAUUGAAAUUCAUAUUGAUUUUCAGCGCUUG